AUGAACUGGGCCAAGGUCACCAAUCAGAAAGCUGGCAUGUUCCUUAUUGACUUUGAGAAGGCUUAUGAUCGUGUGGAGUGGGGUUUUCUUCUUAUGAUGCUAGAGGCAGUUGGUUUCCCUAAAGUUUUUUGUCAGAUGGCGUAUGUGUUACUUAAAGAUGCUUCGGCGGAAGUGAAGAUUAAUGAUUCUCGCUCUCAGACUAUCUCCCUUAGUAGGUCCAUCAGACAAGGCUGCCCUCUAGCCCGAGCCCUUUUUGUGAUUGCUAUUGAUGCUAUGUACUACUUUCUUAGAGAAUCAUCUUCUUCCCAUAAAGUUAAGGGAAUUACCCUACCCAACAAUAUGGAUUUGGUUACGCUUGUGAUGAAGCUCACAGUGGAGAAAGUCGAGAGGUUCAUAGACGAAGGAACUGUUCAAGUUUACCUCUCAGAGUUAUCUCAUGGAUACACCUGGACCAAAUUCACCAAUGAGAGGUCCCCUUUUGUGAGUGUGUUGGAGGCCUGUGUGAAGGAAAUCAAUGAAGUUUGUAGCUUCGGUAGGGAGAAGAUGGGCCUGGGGCAGGCGAGGAAGAACCAGGAACAAUUGAACUAUCCACCUAGUAGACAAUUUUCAGAAUCUUCUUACCCCAUUGUAGUUCUGAAGGUUUUGGAAAGCAAUCGAUCAUAUUUUAAAUUAUGA